AUGCUCGCCAAGUUCAACUAUCAAUAUCUAAUUUUCUCAUCUGAUUUUGACACCUUGAUCUUCUGCAGUUUUGUUUCACUUUUCAAGGACGAGUACAAAUUACCAAAGGGAUCUGUAAUUGAGCUUUCGAGGGAAUCAAACCAUGUUCUUAAAAUAAGCAUUGAAGGAGAAGACGUGGGAAGUAUCCAGAACAAGCUCUUGUGCCAGUCUAUCUUAGAUCUUUACAUUGGAGACGACCCGUUUGAUAAGAAUGCGAAAAACAACAUCCAAGGAAGUUUGGCUAGCAUUCUUAAAGCUUAG